AUAAGAGCAGUGACAGCUGCUCUGACUCCGCCUCCUCGCGGCGGCCUGUUGCUAUGGUAUCGAGUGUUUCCGGUGUGCGGCCUGUUCCUGCGUCACCCGGGAGCUGGUUUCUGAGCUGAGAAGAGCGGAGAGAAGGCAGACGAAGGGAAUAUCCGGUGAGGAGAGGAACCUGCACUGCUCUCUAUACAGAACGGACUGUGGAUCGAAGGCCAUGGCUCCAGACAAGCUGGACGGAGAGCAGCCAGGAGAGAAUGAUGCUUAUGGAGCUGCUGCAGGAGAAGAGGAAGAAGAACAAGAACUUAGACCCACAGACCUGUCUGAGCUUCUGAAGGAGGGCACAAAGGAAUCUCACAGCAAGGCUGAAAAUACCAAGUUUGUGAAGGACUUUCUGAAGGGACGCAUCAAGAGGGAACUGUUUAAGCUGGCCACCACUGCAUUGUACUACACAUACUCUGCUCUGGAGGAGGAACUAGACCGGAAUAAGGACCACCCAGCCAUCAUCCCGCUAUAUUUUCCUCAGGAGCUGCACAGGACUGAGGCUCUGAAGGAAGAUCUUCUUUAUUUUUAUGGAGAGGACUGGGAGGAGGCCAUCCAGUGCUCGGAGGCCACCAGCUCCUAUGUGGAGCGAAUCCACCACCUGGGUCUUCACCAACCAGAGCUGCUGGUGGCUCACGCCUACACCCGUUACAUGGGGGACCUGUCAGGUGGUCAGAUUUUGAAGAAGGUGGCUCAGAGAGCCCUGCAUCUCCCCAGCGAUGGGGAGGGGGUCCAGUUCUACAUGUUCGAUAAUGUCACUAACGCCCAGCAGUUCAAGCAGCUGUACAGGGCCCGAAUGAACACACUGGACCUGGACGCUGAGGCCAAGGAGAGCAUCGUGGAGGAGGCUAACCGCGCUUUCCGAUUCAAUAUGGAAGUGUUUGAUGAGCUGGAUAAAGUAGGAGCUUCGAUUCCCGACGAGCCUCAGGGUGCUGGUCUCCCAUUACAUGAUGGGAAGGGAGAUCUCCGCAAGUGCCCCUAUUAUGCUGCUAAGGAAGCAGCCAGCGGAGCUUCAGGCUGUCCAUUUCACUCUGCACUGGCCCUCGCAAGUCGCCCUGAAGUCAAAGCUGUUUUAGCUGCCUUUGCUGCCGCCAUCGCGGCUGCUAUCGCUUGGUACUUGAUGUGAUGCCAGCCAUAUGCCACUAGGGUAUGCGUUAACAUUCUGGGCAUCUUACAAACCCAGGACAUUAUGUCUGUUUGGCAACUGAAGUGGCUGGAUGACACUGAUAUGGACUGUGUUGUCCAGCCCUAUGGCUAACAUUUCCGUAAUCCUCUACUUCCCCUAAGGAGCAUGCAUCCAGCAGAGCUGGGUGCAGCCUCAUAUCCUGCCUGCCAUUUCACUAAGCACACACUGCUGCCACCAGGCCUGCGUCCUGCUUAUUUGCUAGAUUGCUACAAGCAA